AUGGACUCUGAGAAGAAAGCGACGCCGAUUGUAUUUCAGGAAUACGAGAAGGCAACAGCAAAGUCAAACAAGAAAUACGUCAUAGCUGCAGUGACAGUUGUUUUGAUUCUGGUAAUCACACUAGGGGCAGUAAUGGUGACUCUGAAACUCACCAAUAGAUUUGCCGCUGAUACUAUUAAGGAGUAUAGGCUGGCAAAGAAAGCUGUUGUUAAAAUAGACAAGGAGAAUGAAAUAACAGAAUUUGUAGAUCCAAAAAUGGGGUAUUCUGCAUACAACGAUUUCAAUUUGGGGUUGACGAUGAUGAAAGUUGUAAGGAAUGAAAGUUACGUAUGCUAUAUAAAUACUCUUAGCCGAGAUUCCCUUUCGCCAGAGGCAUUGGAGAGCUAUAUGGAGCACCACCCCGAUGGAGAGGAUUUGAUGUCUCCAAAGAAGGAUGUUGAUUUACCAGAAUACAUGCCAGCAAAAGAGGAAAUCAGUGAUCGGCGAUUCCUCAGCGAGCACCUACGAGAGACAUGCGAGGGGUUCCCCAUUCAUUGGCUUGUUCCCGCCCCAGCAAAUGACUUGAACGGGUUUAGGAAACAAGGGAAACAAGUGGAAUGUGAAAAAGAUUAA